CUCUGAUGUACACUUUCAUAACAAAAAAUUUCAUGAAAUUGUAACCCUAAUUUAAAUCGAAUUUUCUCUGAUAAAUGCACUUUCUUGUUUCAGAUUCUUGUAGCUUCACAAAAUUCUGCUAUCGAUUUCAGCAUGAUUCAAAAACUCAUGAGGAGUCUACAACAAGCAAUGAAAAAGACAUAGACAAAGAAGGGAAGAGGGAUAGAGACACAUAUAGAGAUAAAGACAAAGAAAAGAGUAGGGAGAGAGAUAGAGACAAAGGAAGGAGUAGGGAUAUGGAUAUGGAUAUGGAUAGAGAGUGUGAUCGUCAUAGCUCCCGAGAUAAAAGAAGCAGUGAGAGAAGGGAGCGAAGCAGAGGCGUGGAAGAUGAUGAUUAUCGCAAUAGUAGCCGAGACUAUGACAAGUUUAUGAACUUAUUUACUUGGAGUUUUUGUUUGUGAAUUUGGACAUUAAUUUUUGUUUGUUUCUAUAAAAAAUUAUAAGAUUCGUCCCUUGUUUUCCUAGUCAGUUUGAGAUGUUUUUUUCUAAUUUAGACGACGGGGAUUAUGAUAAAGACAGAGAGGACAGGCGCAAACGUAGUUCACCAUCUCAUUCUAGGGCCAGAUCUCAGCAUAAAUUAGGUUCAUGCUCUAG